GAUUAGCAGUGCUUUCUGCUACUUAGUUUUUGCCCUGCAGUCAGCUUUGUCUGCCUUUAGAGGAAACACUGCCUGCAGGCAACUAAACCACCACAAAGCCCAAAACCAGGGAGAUUGCUAGUUUGCAGGCAUCAGGUUCACAAUCAUGCCUGGCAGCACUGCAGGCAAGAAGCUUGAUCUUUCCAAGCUCACAGAUGAGGAGGCUCAGCAUGUGUGGGAAGUUGUCCAGAGAGAUUUUGAUCUGAGGAAGAAGGAAGAGGACAGGCUUGGGGAUCUAAAGACCAAGGUUGAGAGGGAAGAUACCAAGAAAGAGUUGCUGGGGAACCAGACCAGCCUGACUGAGUCUCAUUGCAUUCGAUGUCUCCAGCCUUUUAAAUUCCUGCUUAACAACAAGCAUCAGUGCCUGGACUGCCAGCUCUACAUCUGCAAGUCCUGCGGCCGCUAUAACAAGAAGGAGGAUGGCUGGGUGUGUGACACCUGUCACAUGACCAGAGUACUCAAGAUCGGUACUUUGGAGUGGUACCAUGAGAACGUCCGUGCCCGUUUCAAGCGCUUCGGCAGCGCCAAGGUGAUGCGUUCCCUCUUCAGGAGGUUCGACGGAGAACACAGCCCCUCUCAGAGUGACUUAGGAGAGCCUCGUGAGUAUGACACACAGAGCAUGCCUGAGGUCCACAGUGCAUAUGGGGAGCACAGUAUGGAUGCAACAGACUCACAACAACACCAAAGGGCGCCGGGUGAUCCUGACAUCAUGGCCAUGGAUGUAGGCAGGAGGGAGUCGAUGCUUGCUGAGGCAGAUAUGGCCACCGUGUUUCAUCAGAUCAUGGAUGAACAACAUAAAGAGCUGGACCUCGAAAUAACUCCACAACAAGAUGACCUGGUGUACUCAGAUAGCCGGACAAUCCCAUCCCGCUCCAUCUCCCGGCUCAGCUACUCCUCGUGUGGCAGCGGCAGCAUCGGAGGCCCUCGAUGCAGCAGCAGCGUCUACCUGCCUGGCCUUGAGGACUCAGAAGAAGAAGAGGACGAGCACUGCCAACCGUACCCGCUCUACCAGUUGCAUUCAGGCCUCUGCCGCCAAACAUCUCAGGACAGCCUGAGCUCAGCCAACCAUCCACCACAGAUCACUGACAUUAAUAGACGGAUGUCAGCAAUUGAGACUCUUCUGAACCGCUUGGAGCAGAAAGUCACCUCAACAUAUGACCAGACUUCUCCCACUCCCAGCAGCACCUCUCCUCUUCCUCAGUGGAACGAAGUGGACCUGGAAGAGCAGCAGCUAAGACAGAGGCUGCACGAGAUGACAGACAACAUCAGUGACCAUAGCCUGACCUCUGAUGAUGAGGACGAGCCCGAGAGACCACAUUCCUCCCAAGAAAUCCUAGCAUGGAGGAGCCCACAGGCGGAUCCAAGGCCUUCCAAACUACCUAUCAGACCAACAUCCAGAGCCAGCAUCGUGGUCUCCAGGCUCGAGGAGGAGCAGCCUCAGCAGACAGAAUCUCUGAAGGCUAAUGACUCCUCUGAAAGCCUGGAGAGGAAGGGUCACCCCCUAGAGGAGGGAUCAAAGGCAAGCUUCAAAGGAUCAACUGCAUUACUGGUUGAACUGGAAGACAAAGUAGCUCAAGCAGCAGCUAAUGUCCAGAAUGCCCAGAGUGAGGUGUCUGACAUCGAGAGCAGGAUUGCUGCCCUGAACGCUGCCGGCAUGUCCUCGGAUAAAAAAAGAAAGUCCGCAAUCCCGAUCCAAGCCAGAAGACUUUCCUACAACUUUCCCACAAACCAGGUGGACAGGUUUACCAGGAACUCCCUCUACAGGGGCUCACUGACACAGAGGAACCCAGUGGCAAAGGCCAAGACCAGGGCUGCCUGUGCGAAACCAGUAAUGACCCAGGGCUCAUGAGGAGGAGGCUGAGUGUUAUCUGACUGACAAGUCUUUCAGUUAUUACAUAAUGCUUUACACACUGGAACUGAGCAGCAAAACAUGAACUAUUCACAAAAGGAGUGUUUUUGUUCUUUGAAACAAAUGCAUUUGAACCAACACGUGGCAACCAACAAACGGUUGCCACGUGUUAUGUUUUCCUGAGUUAUCAGGAAAAGUACUACAGAACUGUGGCUGGCAGUCAGUUAUCAGUUUUCAGUUUUCUUUUCCUGACCAUAGUGCAGUAGUUUGUUGCCUAGACAUAACAAUGUAGUUUUGGAAAUUUAAUCCAAUCCAAAUUAAAUCCAUUUAAAGCUGGAGAAACAUGACUUUGUGUACAUAUGAAUAAGAAUCUUAAAUAUGAGAUCAGACUGAUGAAAAAUCUUGUUCAUGAAAUUCAUGUGCAGUUACACGGAAGUAUAUAAAAUUUGCUGAAUUUCAUGAACUUAGAAAUUGCCGUACAACCAUGUUGGUUUAGGUUUCCCAUAUAAAUUGCCGAAUUUGUCAACUGAGCAAUCCAAUCUUCUUACAUUUAUCUUUAAAAGGUGUGUUUUUGAUAUUGCUGUUGUUUUACAGGGCUAAAUCCAUAAAGUAUAUUACACGUGACAUGCACUAACAUAAGUAUAAACAUUUACAGAAUUUGUAUACACUAACAUGCAAGUUAACACAUGCAUUUGCCUUAAUGUGCAAAAGCACUGAUUGUACUAAUAUGGAAUUUAUAACUGGUUAAUUCAUCGUUGUGAAUAAACCGAAAUAUGCAUUGCAUGCUUUAAAUGCAGUUUCAGCAAACAGAAUCAAGCCAGUGAAAAAGAGGUGCAAUUCUAAACUGUAAAUCAGUUUGAAUUACUCUGAAAUUUUCACACACAAAAAAACAUAUAGAUAAAUGUAUAUUUUUUAUAGUUUUUUUAAAAGUUAUAUUAUUAAUAAUCUACGGUGUGUUAGAAAGUUUAAUUGAUUGUAAAAUUAAACUGAUGUCACAGUGAGAAGAGCAGGUCUGAUGUGAUUGUUUUAUAAUAUAUGACAUUCAUGUAAGUUAAUGAAUAAAAUGUAUACGGAAUAUAUAGAAGUACACACUGUAUGCAUUAUGGUGUUGGAAAAUAUUUUUAUAUUGGAUUAAUAAAUCA